AUGGCAAACAAAAACUAUUUCUUCUCAACUCUUCUUCUUCUUCUCGUUCUUGGCAUUGUCACUUGUAACGCAGCAGCUGUUAAACCAAUCAUCAACAUUACUUCUCUUAAUCGUGGGAGUUUUCCCGCCGGUUUCAUUUUUGGGACAGCAUCAUCAGCUUACCAGUAUGAAGGUGCAGCGGCUAAAGGAGGCAGAGGACCAAGUAUAUGGGACGCUUACACCCAUAGAUAUCCAGGAAAGAUACAAGAUGGAUCAAGUGGAGAUGUGGCUAUUGAUUCAUAUCAUCGCUACAAGGAAGAUGUUGGGAUUAUGAAAGAGAUGGGCUUAGAUGCUUACAGAUUUUCAAUCUCAUGGUCUAGAAUAUUACCUAAUGGAAAGCUAAGUGGGGGUGUGAAUAGAGAAGGAAUCAAAUACUACAAUAACCUCAUCGAUGAGCUACUAGCCAAUGGUAUACAACCAUUUGUAACUCUCUUCCAUUGGGAUCUCCCCCAAACCUUACAAGAUGAGUAUGGAGGUUUCUUGAGCCCCAAAAUUGUGAAUGAUUUUCGGGACUAUUCGGAGAUUUGUUUCGAAGAAUUUGGCGAUCGAGUUAAGCACUGGAUCACAUUGAAUGAACCAUGGAGCUAUAGUAUGGGUGGUUAUGCGGCAGGUCUAUUUGCACCAGGUCGAUGUUCAGAUUGGCAAGGAUUAAAUUGUACCGGAGGAGAUUCAGGAAUUGAACCAUAUUUGGCAUCGCAUUACCAGCUUCUUGCUCAUGCCAAAGCUGUAAAAUUGUACAAGGAAAAAUAUCAGAAAACUCAAAAGGGAGUGAUAGGGAUCACAUUAAUUUCUCAAUGGUUUGUGCCAUUUUCUGAUGCCAGACAUCACCAAAAUGCUGCCAAGCGAGCACUGGAUUUCAUGUUUGGAUGGUUCAUGAAUCCAUUAACCAAUGGUGACUAUCCACACACAAUGAGAUCUUUCGUUGGAGACCGAUUACCCAGAUUCUCAAAAGAGCAAUCCAAAAUGAUAAAAGGAUCAUUUGAUUUUCUAGGGUUGAACUAUUAUACUACUAAUUAUGCAGCUUAUAUGCCCCUUUCUAAUGAUGUAAAUGCAAGCUAUUUAACAGAUUCUCGUGCUAAUCUUUCAAGUGAGAGAAAUGGUGUUCCCAUAGGUCCAAAGGCAGCUUCAAGUUGGCUUUAUGUUUACCCAAGAGGAAUUCGAGACCUUUUGCUCUAUGUAAAGAAAGAGUACAAUGAUCCACUGAUUUACAUCACGGAAAAUGGUGUUGAUGAGUUCAACAAUGGUUCAUUAACUCUCAAGGAGGCCCUCGUUGAUAACAUGAGGGUUGAGUACUAUUAUCAACAUCUUUCCUUCCUUCAAAAAGCAAUCAAGGAUGGCGUAAACGUGAAAGGAUAUUUUGCAUGGUCAUUAUUGGAUAAUUUCGAAUGGAUUUCGGGUUACACCGUGCGAUUUGGCAUCAAUUAUGUAGAUUAUAAAGAUGGAUUGAAAAGAUAUCCUAAACUUUCAGCUCACUGGUUUAAGAGCUUCCUCGAGAAAUAG